AUUAUCCGACAUUGGGGCGAUGGUCGUGUGUUUAUUUAAAUAAGAUUUAAAAAUAACUUAAAACAACGUUAACAGUGAAUUAUUUGAUAAAAACCCUUCAUCAUGGCGCUGGGAGCCUUUGCUGAAGAAUAUUUUCGCUCUAUGAACCCCUUGGCUUCGAAAAUCCACGAAGAUAUAGAGGAUGCAAAAAAUUCUUACGAAAAUAUAUGGGAAUCGCUCACGGAAAAAGAAAAGACUGAAAUAAUAAACGAAUCUCUAAUCAAACCAGACAUAGCGUUAAAAUACGCACUUCUAGACUCACUAGAUUUUGACAUUAACGAUCCACCAGUCCGCAAGGAUGAUCUAAUGUCAUUCUUUGGACGAGACCAUGGCCAAAAAGUUAUACAAGACGAAAAUACUUCUUACAGAGACGAACAUAGCAGUCCUUUUUUGUAUCAGACCAAAAGCCAGUUGAAUCUAUGUAUUUUAAGUGACUGCAGAACGCCUAAGGAGGUUAAACCGACUUCGCCUCCUCCGGUUAUGUCAGAAUUGGCUUUAUCGCAUUCAAAAGUAGUUUCUGAACUGAAAAAUGCGUUAAAGUCCCAUGAUGUUUUAAGAAGUUCUUACAAAGAAGGCCCGAAUCGAGAAGUGACGUCACCAGGUUUUAUAAGCAAGUUUAUAGGCAAUUUUAAGAGUAAAGACGAAGAGAGAGAGUGUUUGGUCUCGUUGGGUCCUCAAACGCAGAUUGUGGCUUCGUCGGAGAACUUUUUUAGGACUAACUUUAAAAGUCCUCAAGCUGAGAAUAAGUAUGAAAAGGAUUAUAGAAGCAGUGUUGUCAAGUCUAAUAGUGAUCUUUCAGAAGAGAAUAGAGGUCUCCUAUCUUCAAGUCAAGCAUCAUCAGGUACAGACUUCCAAUCCACUGAAACCCUCACGGAUUCAGUACCUAAGACUGGCUACGACUUUUUAGAUAACUGGUAAUGUUACUAACACUAAUUUAAUCAUUUGAGUCGGUUUGAUGUGUGGGUGUAUUUCUGUGGCACGGAGAAGAAAAUCACUAGCGGAGAUGUCAAAGUCAAGUCAUUUAUAUCAUUCAAAAUCAAAAUUCGUUUAUUCAAACUUAGCUGCAAAACAGCACUUUUCGAACGUCAGAAAUUUACAGAAGACAGCCCUCAAAACGCCCACCCUUCACCCCUUCUUAUGUGUUUUUGCUGGAAAGAAGUGGCGCAAAAAACUCCUCAGCAUUUAGGCAUUUACAAGCACUUAUGAACGUCAAAAAAUAUAAAUAAGUUUGAUUCUAGUUGCCCAUUCCAAAAGCAGCUUCGUGUAGAAAA